CGCCCGCUGUGGCGGUCCGGAUGAGAAAAUUCCGCCCGCUCCAGGAACCAAUCAGAUUGCAGGAUUUAUUGAAUUCAGCCCGCUCACGAGCCGAGAAAAAGAUAAAUCACCUUUAUUUCACCUCGGAUUUACAAGAGUAACUGUAUAGCCAAUUUCUCCGAGACAAUAAUAAAUAAAGGAAUAAAUAAAUAAUCUUUGUUUCCUGCUUUAAAGUUUGCCGGGUUUCAAAACCUUCCCCUCUAUUAACUAGAAAUUAGAAAUACUCAGUACUGGUGUGCUAAUUGUAAACACUAGAAAUAAACAAACCAAUGAGGUAACACCCGACUCGUCCACAACAGGCGAUGAACAAACGCUCAUAAAUUGCAAAGGAAUAAUAAUACCCUCUAUUCUAAUUGCUUCUAUGGCAGCUCAAUCGCCUCCCUUGAUUUUUACCUACUUUUAAAACAAUGUUAAAAAGAAAUAUUUGAAUGUGUGCUUAGUCAUCAAAGUCAAGGCAAAAUUAGUGUGCGGUAAUUACAAAGAGACGAUCUAUAUGGCAGUGAAUAAUGGACGAACCUGGGGUAAAUUGCACAUGAGUUAUUUUACAAUCAUCUUUGCAGUACAAAUCAAGCAUAAUCUUUAAUUGCUUAACAUUACCCAAUACAGGAAGUCAUACUCAGUCCGCGAGAAGACCAACCAGUAAUACGGGAAGCUCAAAAUAUGGUAAUAUGUGUGUGUACAUGACAGGGGAAGCCUGCAAUAUGGUAAUGUGAUACACGCACAUAACGCAAGUUCUUGUAGCGGAAGUCAAAACAAAAAAAAUCAAGACGGUAGGAGAAAAUUACAUCUUUCGUUUUUGUGAGAUUUUCUGUAUCGUGCCAUAUGGUUCGUUUUUAGUUACAAUCAAAUCUGUUGGUCAACAUGGCUUAGUUUGGACUUUAUCCUUGGCUCCCUCCUCCUCUUGUUUACGCGGGGUCGUUUGAAUGACGUCAGCUGGUUUACGAGAUGGGAACUUGAAUACUCCGGCCGGAUGUGAUUGCUAUCACAGUUUAUGGCAAACGUUCCGUACAGAUUUUGUUUGUUAAAGGAGAACCUCACUCCAAAAAGGUUGCUUUUUUGUCGUCACCUACUGCAAGUAAACAUUCGGCUUUUCCACUCACCGAAGUUUCAGCCUCUAAAGUGCCUGCCAUGCUGAAGAAAUUCGUCUCGUAAGAAGCCGAAAAUUCGACUUAGGCUAAACUUAGUGCGAGGUUUUUAUUAGCGUUGACAAGAAAUAUACGUUUUUUGGAUGACCUCCUACUUUCAUUGAAAUACAUUUAUACGCUAGUCUGUGUAAAGACACCUGCCAUGUUUGCGUCAAAUGAGUCCACCGUAUGAAUGAAGUUACGAUGUUUUCACAAUGCGUAAGAGCAGCCCACGAAAAAUAAUUAUAACGUUGACGCUGACAUCCCCCGGAAGAGCAAAUGGCGUCUAGUAGCAGGAAGAACUGCCUCCGGGAGCGCAUAUAAGGAGGAUGUCCAGAACAAAGCAUACAUAGAGUUCAUUUGCUCAAGCCAUUAGGAGAGCGCAAGAAUUGCUGUUGCUUUCUCGCCCUAAUAUCGUUGAAAGAUCCAGCCACAAGGUUACGAAACAUGAAGCCGGUGACCUGCGUCGGAUCAGCUGAAAAAGUUGAACUCAAUAUGUGCACGCCUGUGGAAGACGCCAAGCCCAUGACUGGAGAGGACUGUGUUGAUUUUUGUUCAUUCGAACACAAAUUCAUUGGAGAAAAAAUCGAGUUGAGACAAGCCGAGCUAAGACAUAUCGAGCUUCCAAAUGGUGUGGAGAUGUCAUUCGGGCAAAUCAUAGCACUUGCAGGCGAUUUUUAUGGUAUACCAGAGCAUCCAAUUAUCGAUCCUUCUAAAGGAAUAAACCAAGCUGAUUCUGAUCGUCAGCAGCGCUUCCUUGCUGCAUACAACUCUCUGGCUCGUGCACCGAAGGACAAAUUACAGAAAGAGUUGCACAAGCUGAUCACGGCAUUAGACAAAGAAAGCCAAACAGGUGCAAGCAUCGGCAACAAAGAAUGGGACCAAAUCACCGGUGGGAUGUGGCUAGGUGGCCUGCCGAUUAAACAUGGACGGAUGUUAGAAUUAGCUCAGAAUAAUUACGACCAUUUCCUUCCUCACGCUAAAGACGCAUAUCUUGCGGGUCAUCUGUUAGCUCUGAACAAAGCGAGAGAAGCGAGUGAAUAUGCAGGGAAUGAGAGUAAGAGAUUCCUUCAUGAAGCAUUAUCGUUGGACGGGUUUGCUUGUCAUUUUCUUACUGACAGCUUCUCGAGUGGACACAUCAGGACGCCAAGAGUUCAGUUGAGAAAGGAAACCACUCCAGCCAGUGUUGGCCACUUACUUAGUAAGUGCAUGCACGAUGAAGAUGGGGAAUUUGGCCUGCGCGUAACAAACGUAAGAGCAGAUAAGUGGACAUCAUAUGGAGAUGGAAUGCUUCUACAUGAAAAGAGCAAGGACAAUUUAAAGCUUGUAACCGAGGCUGUGCGGCUAUCAGUUGAUCAGGUGUACAAAGCUUACAGGAACCCCACAAAAACUCUUGAAACAACUGUGGUGACCGAUCUGAUUCCAUUUGUUGACCAGGAAGAGAAAAACACACAUCCAUUGUUCCAAGUCAAAGACGAUAAACUCUGUAGAAGGUCAAAAGUCAAUGAUCUACACGACCAUAGAACAGUGACUAGUUGGUGGGGAACGAAGACCCUUUUUCAAACUGUACUUGUUCAUAGCAAAAGUAGUUUAUAAUAACACGUACAGUACUUUAUAAUAACAAAGUGCUGAUAUUAUCAAGUAGAAUAACUGGAGCAUGCACGGUAUUUACUGGAGUUAACAAUAUAGUUAGUUUUUUUAGUUUUAUAAAUGGUUCUGCUGUAUUUAUUCAUUGAACUUUUCCUCCGCUGUUCUAUUUAUUUCCGAUCAAAUCCAAGUAAACCGAUUGACCGUAACAACAUUUUAGAAAUGAAAAUUUACUAAGAUGGUAACGAUUUGUAGAGAACCUUUAGUUGAAGCCUUCUAAAUAAUAAAGGGAUUUUAGUGUA